UGCUAAGACAGUGGUAAAACCGUGAAAGCUGUUAUUUGUUAGGCGCCUGUAAUGAUAUUGUUAUGCGUUUCAGCAUUUUUGGUGCACUUGACUUUGAUCUUAUACGUAGCAUUACCGUUGAUUGUGGAGCAUUUUCCUGCUGUUUGUCGGAGACUUGUAUUCAAAACACGUAGUGGACCUAGUUUCGGUUCCAGAGUCUAUACGCAUUUCGAAUCUGUGGAUAUUCCAAGUGGACAUGCACAGAAUUUUUAUAUCACUUCUUUGGAUGACAAAGCUCUAUUAGGAGUAUGGCAUAUUCUCCCAUCAAAUAAUCAAGAAACUAGUACUACUGAUUCCCAAAGUUAUGAAGAAAUACUGAAUUCAUUACCCAGUGAUUUGCCUGUAUUUAUUUAUUUCCAUGGUAAUUCUAAGUCAAGAGCUAUUCCUUGGAGAGUAAACAUCUAUAAAUUACUGUCAUCUCUUGGCUAUCAUGUGUUUUGUUUUGAUUACAGAGGUUAUGGAGACUCAACUGGGUCACUAACUGGAGAAAAUGACUGUCUUUUGGAUAGUUUAGCAGUUGUUCGAUUUGUUUGUCAACGGUUUCCUUCAGUGCCGAUUUUCUUUUGGGGUCAUUCACUUGGCACUGGGGUUGUCGGUUGUCUUAUGGAUCAUUUGACAAAAGAGCAUAAUUCUCUAUUAAAUGUUCGUCUUCCAAAAGGUAUUAUUCUUGAUGCUCCAUUUACGUGCUUGACUGACGUAAUUCAUCACAGAAUAAUUAUGAAGCCUUAUCAAUUGAUACCAACUUUACAAGGACGAUUGGUAUCUGCUAUGAAUAAAGUGCAAUUAUCAUUUAAUACACAAUCAAACCUAAUUAAUUGUCCCAUUCCAAUAAUCAUAUUACACGCUGAAGAUGACGCUGUUGUGCCAUUUACGUUAGGAAAAAAGCUUGCUGAAAUUCUUUCAACCAAUGGUACUUCAGUAUUGUUCAAGUCAUACGAAAGGAAACUCGGUUACCGACAUAAUUUUAUUCACACAGCGCCAGAUCUUCCGGGUAUUAUUACAUCGUUUGUUCAAUGCACUCUAUCUGGAAGUUUAAAUAAAUUGGAAGAUUUAAAAAUUUGACUUCGUUGGUGUAAUGUCGAUUGUUAAACAUUGGAAUAGAUUAUCUUCUCACUAUCUCUAUCUCAUAAUGUGUUUGCGUGCAUACUAUCUAUCAGCUGGUCUGUUUUCGUGACAUAAAUCAUGAUGCUUCAAUGUCUCGAAUAAUGCAUCAUUUUACAACUUAUUUCAAGUGUAUGUGAUUUUCUAAUAAAUUUAUUUGUAUUGUGUUUUAUUUUAUAAAUAUUUUUUUUUCUACUUCCGACUCAGCAUUACGUCAUCAUUUUUUUGUCUUCAUUUGUUAGAUUGUUUAUUUUUUUUUAUUGCAUUAUAUCUAUUUCUUUAUUGAUAACACCAUUACUAUUACUAUUAUUAUUAUUAUUACUGUUAUUAUCUCAACAAAUUGUGCGGUAAAUUUUUAUUUUAUCUUUUCCGUUAUUUUUUUCCUAUUGAAGUCAAUGUUUUCGAAUAUAUUUUGUAUAAAUUAGAUUCAUGGUAAUAUAUGUUGUAUUUUAGUUUUAAAACUAUUUAUUACAAUAUAAGCAACAUGAAAAAAUGUUGAAAUGAAUAUCGUCCUUUCAAAAUACAUAUCUUUUUAGCAUCUCUUA